AGUGCUGAGCAGGUGCUGGCCUGAGCUCUGUCCCUAGGCAGGGCUCCCAUCUCACUUCUGCCAGCAGAGAAUUCAGAGGGAAACGAUGAGGCAAUGCUCAUCGCAACCAGCGCCUGGGUCAAGCACCCACAAGAAGAACCCAGGGAGGCUUCAGAGGGUGUGAAUCCUCUCUGAACAUGGUCUCAUACUCCUUGGGGCCAGCAGGUCUUAGGGAGUGGCUCAAGGCAUGAUCUGGUCCAUAAGGACAUCCUAUAGGUAUGGCUUCAAAGAUCACAUGCACUGGGGGGUCCUGGAGAGCAUCAGUGUCUCCUCAGGGACUCAGCCAGGGCAAGCAGCAACUUCACCGUGCACCAGGGUGAAGCCACAUGGAAGAGAGGGAGGGGAGCAGGGCAGCGGCAAUGCCAGCCAGGCUUGUGGUUCGUACAGAUGCUGCUGAAAGCAAGAUGAGUCCCUCUCAAAGCUGCUCCAUGAGCAGAGUAGAUUCCCCGUCCUUGGAGUCCUGGGAGAGCUCUGGGCUUGUCCUCCCUUCACCUGUGUGGAGGAACACGAGAGGGACGAGCAGCUCCCAGCGAAUCCUUCGCCGACUGCUGGCAAAUCCCUCGCCCCAUUUGGUGCUCAAUGUCCCUUUCCCUCCCAGACACCAGGAGCCAGACAAAAAGGCAGAGGGAUUUCUUUCCUUGCGAGGGUUGUUCCAACUCCCAGGUCUCGUUGUUAAUCCCUGGCUGCUCCCCAUGGCAUCUGCCUGCACACAUGUCCCCAGCAGGAGGGCAGGUCUGUGGGACUAUGUCGCCAUCAAAGACACAGGGAGAUCCCUGAGGCCAUGCUGGGAAGUGGUGGCAGAGAAGGGAGCUGGAUGCAGGCAGCAUGUUGCCUGUCCAGGUGCUGGGCUCCCCUCCCCACCCCCUGCCUGCUCCUCCUGUGGCUUGGCCACCUGCCACCAUGUCCCCCGGGGCAUGUCCCCAACACCUGCCAGCACAGUGACUGCGAAAAGUCAGCUCGAGGCUGUCUUGCUGGUAGCGAUCAGCCUGUGCUCACCCUGGGACCAUCCCAGGGAUGAUCUCCCUGGGGCGUGCUGCCACAUCCUGCCCCAAGGUCCCUGUCCCCGGGGGGUUUCCCAUCCCUCUCUCCCAGCAGUGUCUGCCGCUGCUCUUAGCUUCUCCAGUGCUCACGUUUCACCAGCCAUAAAAGUGUCUGGAGAGGGAAAGACAAGGAGCAGUGACGUGCCAAAGGAGGGGAGGGAGAGAUGUCUGUCCCUGCCACUGCUGCAGACCCUCUUCUGCCACUCAGGGCAGGUGGCUGCUGGUCCCCCUGCGGUGAACCAGCCCCUGGUGUCCCCCUCCACCCAUCCUGUGUGGAUGGAGAGGUGCCCAAAAUGGACCAAAGAGACACAAAAAGAAAAGGAGCUGAGGCCACAGGGACCAUGGAGCAGCUCACAGGGACAUGGAAAGAUGGGGGCACAGGGGCCAUUCAGGAACCAGAGCUGAGCUCUCCCCUCUCUGCCUGAGCUGGGGCUCAGCUGGCCCCAAGGUUCCUGCAGCCCCGUUUCAAGGUGUCGUUUCCUGUGCCCAGCACAGUGUUUGCUCACUGACCCACGCUGUCAGCUGUGGGCACCCCUGCUCUGCCUGCACCCCAGCAUUGCCACAACUACAACAGCUUCAGCCAUGUGCUGGAGCAGACCCUGCUGAGCCCCAGGAAGGGUGCUCAUCACCCCGUUCCCUCUUUUCUUUUCCUCCUGCAUCCCAAACAGCCUAAGCCAUUAGUGAUCCCAUUGCUGCCAGGCCCCACUCAGCCCCAGGGCACUUUGAUGCCCAGCAGGUCUGUCAUCCCCCAUGACACCCCCCGCCAGGCUCUCUGUCCCUCUCCCUGCCAGCUGGUCCUGCCGCGGGAUUAGGUGGGAGCUUGCGGGGAAAACACCAAGCAUCUCUCUGGAUCAAACGCCCACGGGGUGAUGGCAAGGGGGUGUAAUCCACCCCCCCUCCCCAUGCGAGGCUGGUUGGGGGCUGCCCGACGCCGGAGCCAGGGUGAGUGCGCAGACAGCGUAUCUUGGCAGCAGGAGGGAGGCGAUCGGGGGAAUCAGUCAGGUGUGGAAGAGGUAUGAGGGGAGGCAGGGAUGGAGCCACGCUGGUGACAGCCGGUGCUGCCGAGCGCUCGCACGCAUCCCUCCUCCCGCCGAGAUGCAGCAGGGCCGGCCAUCCCUCUGCUGCGUUUCCACCAUCCGCAGCUCGCAGGGUGCACCCGAGCCAGCUGCCGCUGCUCACUUCAGCUUCUGCCGCAGCCUCCUGGAGCACACGGUCUCGGCUGAAAACCUCAACUACCGCCUGCAGAGGAACCCAGGCAGCAGUCUCACCUGGCACGACGGCCGCAGCCAGCGGCCUGAUGGUGGCCGCACCGUCAAGCUCCUGCGGCAGCCGGGCACUGAGGGCUCGCAGGGCCGUGGCUGUGACCACUAUGGCAUCUACCACACCAGCCCCACACUGGGCUGCCUGGCCAAGCCGGUGGUGCUCUGGAGCCAGCAGGAUGUGUGCAAAUGGCUGAAGAAGCACUGUCCACACAAUUAUCUCAUCUACGUUGAGGCGUUCGCCCACCACGCCAUCACAGGUCGGGCACUGCUGCGGCUGAACGGGGAGAAGCUGCAGCGCAUGGGCAUUGCACAUGAGGCGCAGCGGCAGGAGGUUCUGCAGCAGGUCCUGCAGCUCCAGGUGCGCGAGGAGGUCCGGAACCUGCAGCUGCUCAGCCAAGAUUGUACCAACACUGUGAACCGAGCACCUCUGGGAUGGGCUGUGCCUCGCCGAUAUGAGACCUGAACCGCACACUCAGAAUACGAAGAGACAGCUUCCCAGCCACACCGGGACUUCUCUCCCACUUCUUCUCUCUCUUUCUUUUUUUAUGACUACACUUCUGUGCAGAGAUGGGAGGUUUCCUCCAGCAGACGUGGCUCUUGGCUGGAGAAAAAUUAGCAAAACGGCCUCCGGUGAUGAACUUUUGCUCACCUGAGCCUGACAAUUCACAGGGAAAGAGAUGGAAAAAAGGAGGCAAUGAUAGGCAGGGCUCAGCGUUGUGGACAAAUCCAGCGUGGUUAUUCCCAGGAUGGCUCAGAGCCACGCACGGGAAGGUAAAGCCUUAUACACAUGGGUGGCAUCCCAGCACCUGACAGCUCAUGUCCGUACCUCGGAGCUUAUUUAGGGAGAUUUAAUUUUCUCUUCAGACUGGGCUGUCUUCCAGCGUCCUAGGAGGUAAUGUUAUCAGUAACAAACAAGAUGACUCGACCCACCAAAGAAAAAUUAAAAGUGGGGCCAAGUCACCAGCACCAAGCUCCACUUGGUGAGUUAAGAAGGGAGCUGAGUCAUUGGAGCUGGAAAAUCCGGGAGCAGCGGCAGGCUGGAUAUGCCAGGAGGGUGUCAUGGCCUCAGGGAGCUGUGCCAGAAGCUCGUCCUUCAUCCCACCUCAUUUGCAGGCAGCCGAGGAGCCGAUGUGGGGCUGGGUGGCAGCAGCCGGGGGUGCUGGUUCUGGUGCCGGGGGCUGCCUGGGUGAGGACGGGGGCUCCUGGGUGCCAGGUCCCCCCUGGUGCACAGUCAUGCUCCCUCCGGUGCCCUCUGGGGUCUCACCAGUUCUUUGCAGAGCUCUGCUCCUCCGGGCAUUUGCUGAUGUUCAUCCCAACCUCCUGCCCAGGGGCUGGUGAUGGUGCCACCAAACCCUCGUGCCACCCCGAUGACCUGGCUUAUUUACUGCUACAGCCCCUCCCACCACCCAAAGCCCCUGUCUGCAGCCACAGACCACUCGUGCAGGCAGGUAAGGAGCAACCAAGGCUUUGGGGACCAAGUGGAUGCUGUCACCUCCCCAUCAUCCCCCUCUGGUAAUGAGGGCAGGGCAGCUGGGGGGUCCCAAAACAACAGCACCGCAGAGCCCUUGGGGCACUGGCAGGGGUGUGGGGCAGGUUGUGGUGGCCCCCCUGGCCAGGGACCCACCCACCUGCUCCUCUGCUGGUAAUAAAAUGAGAGACUGUUAUUUUAA